AUGGUCCGCAUCCUGCCCUCGUGGCUGCAUUGGUACCAAAAGCCUUCUUAUCGCGAUCCCAAGACUUUCAUCCAGAAUACCAACUCGGCCAUCGAACAUGGCCAUGGAUCAAGAGCGCCUUCCAUCUCGUCGGAAUCCGAUGCCGCCAUCCCCCAUGAUUUGUCGCUCGAACGUGUCCUCGGCAACAACACAUGUGACCCCUUAUCCUUGUAUGAUUUCUACAUGUACCUCAAGCACAUAGAGCUGUCUCCGGAGAAUCUGGAGUUCUACAUGUGGUUUCGAGACUACGAGGCUCGGUAUCAUGAGAACACACCUGCGGCUGGCCCCGACCAUGCUACCCCGUUGCUCAGGCCCGCCAGUGAGAAGACGGGUAUCUAUGCCACUUACACGGGCGUCCUGCCGGGGGAGGAAGCUGAUCCAGAACGUAACAGUCAAGAACUUGAGCUCGUGCGCUAUGUCGAGGGCCUGGUGCCAUCACAAGAAGUCGGCAUGUGGAAACGAUGCCGGCCCUUCUGGUCCCGCCCGUCCGAGACUUCAGAGCGCACCUUGGCCAACUUCUCCAACAUGGAAGAGCUGCAGCAGAUAUCGUCGCUGUUUCUCGUCCCCGGAUCUCCCAAGGAGCUCAACCUUCCUGCCAGCAUGCGAAAUCGUGCUCUGGCCGAGAUCCAGAAGUCGGAUUCACCCCAAGCCCUGGCCUCCAUUGCCGACCAUGUGUACUAUCUCCUCAAGAAUUGCUCACACCGGAACUUCAUCCGCCUCGGGGUCAAGAACGGCACAUUUGAAACGCUGUGCAUGGUCACCAUCGUCGGCAUCCUUUCCACCGCGCUGGGGUUGCUGACCAUGUUGCUGGUCGCCUUUGCCUCACCUUCGAUCCACCACUCGGUCCGAUGGCGAGGUCUUGCAGCCGCCCCCUUCUGGUUCAUUGGCUUCUCCUUCUUCUUCGCCGGCUGGCGGGGAUCAUGCUUUCUUCUGCUCCUAUUUUCCCGCCGCCAGGAACUACCUUGGGAGCGGGUCGACAGUCUAGAAAAGGGGGCGGCCGCCAAACGUCCCAAUGCGCUGGUGCGGUUUGCGAGAAAGCUCAUGCUGUUUGAGCGCAAGAUCCGCGUCAAAGAUGAAGGACUGCGUAUGUUACAGCGCAAGAUUGUCAUUCAGAGUAUGGUUGGGGCGGUGGUGGUCACGGCCAUACUGGAGGUGGUCUUUCUUUGCCUGCCGAUCUGGAAGUGA